GCGGUCCUUGGUUACUAUGACGCCCGGCCCCCGCCCCCUCGGCUGGCCGCCAUCUUGUUGUUGAUCCGUACCCAGUGGGCAGCGCCAGGAGCUGGACCGAGCGGCCGGUGUGGGGCCGCUGCUGCGGGGCUCAGCCACCUGCGCUGCCUGCCAGGGGGCGGGCCGAGACCUGGAGGCCCGGGGGGCCCAGCUCCCGUGGGGAGCCUUGGGCGCCCGCAGCCCAGGUCGGGCCGGACAGAACAGUAAACUAAGCAGGCUGUGACCACUGGCCUCCCACUAGCCAGGAUCAACUUAGCUCUCCUUUUGUGGUCCAUGUGCUGCAUCGUCUGCCGUCAGUGUGCAACCGGCCCCCAACGCAAUGUGUGUUUGUCAAACCAUGGAAGUGGGGCAGUAUGGCAAGAAUGCAAGUCGGGCCGGAGACCGAGGAGUCCUCCUGGAGCCCUUCAUCCAUCAGGUGGGCGGGCACAGCAGCAUGAUGCGGUACGACGACCACACUGUGUGCAAACCUCUCAUCUCCCGGGAACAGCGCUUCUACGAGUCCCUCCCUCCCGAAAUGAAGGAAUUCACCCCAGAGUACAAAGGCGUGGUUUCUGUCUGUUUUGAGGGAGACAGUGAUGGUUACAUCAACUUGGUAGCCUACCCUUAUGUGGAGAGUGAAACUGUAGAGCAAGAUGACACACCAGAGCGGGAGCAACCUCGGCGCAAACACUCCCGCCGGAGCCUGCAUCGGUCUGGCAGUGGUAGUGACCACAAGGAGGAGAAAGCCAGCCUGCCCUUUGAGACCUCUGAGAGCUCCCAGGAGGCAAAGAGUCCAAAGGUGGAGCUGCACAGCCACUCAGAUGUCCCUUUCCAGAUGCUAGACAGCAAUAGCGGUCUGAGCUCCGAGAAGAUCAGCUACAACCCCUGGAGCCUGCGUUGCCACAAGCAGCAGCUGAGCCGCAUGCGCUCCGAGUCCAAGGACCGAAAACUCUACAAGUUCCUCCUGCUCGAGAACGUGGUGCACCACUUCAAGUACCCCUGUGUGCUGGACUUGAAGAUGGGUACCCGGCAGCACGGCGAUGACGCUUCAGCUGAAAAGGCUGCCCGGCAGAUGAGGAAGUGUGAGCAGAGCACGUCGGCCACGCUGGGGGUCAGGGUCUGUGGCAUGCAGGUGUACCAGCUGGACACAGGUCAUUACCUCUGCAGGAAUAAGUACUAUGGCCGUGGACUCUCCAUCGAAGGCUUCCGCAAUGCGCUCUAUCAGUACCUGCACAAUGGCUUGGACCUGCGACGUGACCUUUUUGAGCCAAUCCUGAGCAAAUUGCGGGGCCUCAAAGCUGUGCUGGAGCGGCAGGCCUCCUACCGCUUCUACUCCAGUUCCCUGCUUGUCAUCUAUGAUGGCAAGGAGUGCCGGUCUGAGCUACGUCUCAAGCACGUGGACAUGGGGCUCCCUGAGGUGCCACCACCCUGUGGCCCCAGCACAAGUCCUAGCAACACCAGUCUUGAGGCUGGCCCCUCUUCUCCGCCCAAGGUGGAUGUUCGCAUGAUUGACUUUGCACACAGCACAUUCAAGGGCUUCCGGGAUGACCCCACUGUUCACGAUGGGCCCGACAGAGGCUAUGUGUUUGGCUUGGAGAACCUUAUCAGCAUCAUGGAGCAGAUGCGGGAGGAGAACCAGUAGGCCCGGUGCUGGGCCUAGGACCCCUCCUCUCCACCCACAGGCAGGGACCAUUGCUCUGAACUUGCUGUGCGGACACACAGACUUGCUUUUAAAGGGUUAUAUUUCUCUUUGGUGUAAACUAAAAGAAAUGUUUUUAGCUGUAGCCUGGAAUCCAUAUAUAUAAAGUAGAGGAGGGCAGAACAUUCGUCCUCUCAGCCAGGCUUCUUAGCUCUGUGGCUGUGACUGCUGUGUCCAGGCUGACUCAGGAAGGAAGAGGUGGCCCCAGUGGGCUUGACAGCAAAGAGAAUGAAUGCCUUGAACUUUGGUUUCCCUUGCCUAAGGCGUUUGGUAUCUGGCUGCGGGGCUCUGCUGAUGGUGAGGUGAAACCCUCGGCUGGCACACAGUCUCCAUGCCCAGUCAUCCCUUAUUUCCCAGAACUGGGGAAGGUUAAGUGCCCACAUCCUGAGGGCCUUCUUAGUUUCAUGCCAGUGCUUUAACAGACGCCCUCGGCGUUAGAGGGCCAACUGCACAGAUGGACUCAUCCUUGGGUCUGAUUUUGGCAUGGGGCUAGAUUUGUGAAACUGAGCUAAGGCCAACUCAGCCGAGGACAGGCCCUGGGCUCCCUAGGCUCCCGCUGGCAUGUAACCCUGUUCCUCUCUCCUCAACUCCAGCCAGCCUCUUGCUGGGAUCCCUGACCUAAGGAGGCCUCCUAGCCUCCUAUCCCACUAAGAUGGGCACAGCUCUGUUUGCUGAGAGAGUCAGCAUCCCGGGAGGCCUAAGGGCCUUCAGUGGCUCUGGCCCAGACAGUAUUUGCAGUUGUUGGGCUUUGGGUAGCAUCCCUUCCUCUCCCUUGGGCAGCUGUGCUGCCUUCGGAUGGGCUGCUGCUCCCAGGGCUCAGGAACCGUGGUCCGCUCAGGGUCUUGUCUUCUCCAGGCCAAGCUCAAGGCAGCAGCCUGUAUGUGGUGCUCCAGGCUCUAGGUCUGGAGGGAGAACUUUAAACGUGUUUGCUUUUGGGGACAUAGGGCCCUGGGCACAGGUGCCCAGCGUCUGCUGAGAGCGUGAUUAAUCCUGGGGUUUGUCAGUAAGUCCAUUUGUCCACCUGCUAGCCCCUGUUUUGUGGUGAGCUUUCUGGAGUGUAGCCUUGUUGAUUAGUAUAUAUUGAUUUCCUUCACGCUUCCCUCAGCAGAGUAUUCUUCCCUUUUCUGAGGUGAGUCUUCGCUCCUGUGCCCUUCCUCAGCAGGUCCUGCUGUUACAAACCUGGUAGCCAAAUGAUUCAUAGUGGUGUUUACCUGCUGGCCCAGUGGCCUUCUUGUGGGCUUGGGGUAUGGCCUUCAGCACCAACAGUGGGUAGUGAAGGCUCGGGGUUGAUCCUGACCUAUUGAUUUUAUUUUUGCUACCAGUUCUUUGAUGGUAGAGACCUGCUGCUGCCUGUAACAUAGGUGUCCGACAUGUUACACUACACUCAUCAUUGCCAAGGCAAGCAACAGUCUCCAAGUCUAUCACUUCUAACAUGUCUCUAUUUUGGCAUUUGAAGGUAAUCCUGCCAACCUUUGAGAGAAACUGGUAACAAAUGGCAUAAUUUCCAGGUUCUUAGAGAUGCAGCCUCUGAAAAGGGUUCUGUGACGUAUCCAAGUCAGUCUUCUGACCCUGGUGCCAUUGGUGGGCAGGUUCCCAUUCCUUAGGGCCGGGAGGCACGGCUUGGCCCAUUGCUGGUUACUAACGCCGGUCUUCUGUCCAGUAGCAGUGUUGCUUGAGCCAUGCAGGCAGCAAGUGUUAAUUAGUGUGCACGCCUUCUCUGGCAGGAUAGAGGUCGAGAGAGGAGUUUGGGGCCAGCAGAGACCUCCUAGGAAUGUGCUGUACUUCCGAUUUACCAGAUUUUGGGAGGUGCUGCCCCCAUUAUGCUGCUUCUCAAGUAGCACGGGAGAUGGUAGGCACUUAGACUGCUCCUGCCACUGCAAGCGAGGAAAGGCUGGCACUUGCUUCAGCUUAAGGGCAGGGCCUCACUUUUCAGCACUUUUGAUACCUGGAGGCCCAGCUCAGUUAUCUGAUAGGUGGUGGCAAGUGUGUGCAAACACUUUUACCAUUGCUCUUCUGCCUGUCCCAGACUAGAGCCCUGUCCCUUUCCUGACAGGUCCUGCCUUCCCAACCUCAAUUUGGGACCAAAGUGCAACUAGGGAUCAUGGGUUGGGGAGCUCACAUUACCCCUUUCCAUUGUAUUUCCCCGGGCCAAGCCCACACCAGCCCGGGGAGAUAGGUAGGAGUGAAAUGGGAUGGGUGCUGCUGAAAGAGGAAGGGACCAGUAGAGCAACUUCCUUGCCUGGGACCCCACCCCUCCCAGCUGUGGGCCUCUGUAGUAGUGUGGGGAGUCUCUCCUAGGGGAAAGGGACCUGGGCUCCUUCAGUAUCCGCUUCUCAUUGGCUCUCAUCUGGCCACGUGCACGUUCCCUAGAUGCAAACUGCUUUGAACUUUACAGCUGUAUAAGUUGGUUGUGUGUGUGUGUGUGCUCAUUUUAAAAACUACAUUUUAAUGAGGAAAAAAGAACCUGGGGAAAUUUCCUUUGCUUCUGUGGAGGAAAUGUAAGACUUGGAAUUCUGGAAAUUGUUAUCUGCUCCUCUUGCCUGGAAGCUACACACCCUAAGACCUGCGCCUGGAUGCCUAUGUGGCUCCACUGGCGCUUAGACGCGCUUGCAUUUCCCCAGGUCUUCUGUGUGGCGGAGAGGAGUGCUUGGCCCAAGCCGGCCCUUUUCUGUACACCCAGCGCUACCCGCCCGCUUGUGUCUGGUCGUAUACGUCAAAAUAAAGCCUCUAGAAACUGAACUCUG